AUGGCAAACGAAGGUGCGUCGAAUGUUUACGGAGACAGCCGAAAUUUUCCGAACGAUGAUGGAGGGAAAAGACUGACGAGGGAAUACCACCUUAGGCAAGGCGCUCUGAGAGGGCUUAUUGUAAGGCCAAGUAGACAGUACGAUUUCCAAUAUGUGGAAAUGUUUCUUGGUAUACCGUAUGCUGCUCCUCCUACAGGGAAUCUGAGGUUCAUGCCACCUGUGAAUGCUCCACCUUGGCCAGGAGUAAAGAUGGCAACUCGGUUUGCCCCGGUCUGUCCUCAGUCACUGCCUGCUAUCAAAAAGGGCAACCCUCCAUCAUCGGGUCGCCAGCACUACAUGAACCAGCUCAAAGGCUUCCUCAGGAAUGAGUCUGAAGAUUGCUUAUAUUUGAACAUUUAUGUUCCUUAUAGAGGUUAG